AUGGACCCAGAUCAUCAGACCCAGCCAAACGCUGAUGACAGAGCGACAAGAGACGAGUCCUCCGCCACAGAGACCGACGUCCCAACCACCACGGAAGUGCCUCCAAAUUCCCAGUCCGUUGGCUACAUCACGCUCGAGUACCUCCGAAGCAUUUUUGUGCAGUUUACAAUCUGGGCACCCACCAUCUACGCCUUGCUCCACUUCCGCGCCGGCCUCUUCACCAGCGAUGUCCUCAUCAAAGCUCUGGGUUUUACAUUCCUACUGCCAACUGGGUUCAUCACUGUCCUCGCCAUCACAGCCGAGUACCUGCGAAGAACCAUCGACGCACAGACGAAAACUUUACAAGAAAAUGCGGACAUAGUAAGAGGGUUACAAGACGAGAAGGAAGCAUCAUCGGAAGAUCUCUGGUCUUGUCUCAAAGCAAGAGAAAAAGAACAUAGCAGGCAUCGGAAACGAAUCAUCGAAGCCCGUGUCAGGCACUACACAUCCCUUCACAAGCACCAAAGCAGCACGAUCAGUUUCCUAGAACAUCUGAAUAGAGCCCACACCAAUAUCCCCGAUUCUCCCGCACUAAAUAUCCCGUUCGAUAAGCUCUACAUGAUGCGAUCAAGAACACAGACGCGACUGAGCAUAGCCCAGAGCAUCGAGAAUAUCCUGUACUCCAAAACAAUACGCGCGCUGAGAGACGAGGGAAUGGAUGGCUCCAUCCGCGAGGCAGAAGGCGAUCUAGAGAAGGCGGUGGUGAUAGAUGGGUAUUUGAUGCAUCUGGAAGAUCUGGUGAAGAAUUCUGCUGCUCCUGCUAGGGUCGAUUCUGGGUUGGAAGUGAGGUUGAAUAGGCAUAGGGAGAGGCUGGAGAGGUAUUGUGAGGGGGAUUGGAGGGUUAGGAAUUGUUUGAGGAAGGUGGAUAGGGAUGAGGAGGAAGGAUAG